GUUUGAGUGCUGGGCCAAUAGGUUAGAGAAAACCUGUUUGUACACGGAGUUUGAUGAAGACGUACCGUGUGUGCAGGAUGACCGGUAAAUGAUGGGAGUGCUGAGCUGUCAGUAAGAGGUAAGGAAGGGGAGAUUGUUUUACCGAUUUAUAAAACGAAUAUCAUCCAAUCACAUGGAAAUAGAGCUUUAUAAUGUACAAUAUACAUACCAUGUUUACAUAGUAAUAAUAUCCCAGCCAACAGUGUACGUACAUAGGGCUGCACAGUGAUAUCUAACAGUGUGGCUGGCUGUGCAUAAAGGUAGCCAUCAGCCUAAACACAUAACAUGCUGCAGGUAGCUCAUUACUGGCUUAUGGGAGUAUUUAGAUGUACAAGGCUAAGUAUAGGCUCUGUAAGCUGGGCAUGACAAAGUCAGGAGCCAGGUGGCCUUAUAUAUUAUGCAAUGCAUUUAUUAUUAUUUAUUAUUAUGUAUUAUUUAUAAAUUGUAAUUUUAGUAACUUUUAAGUGUAACAUUAAUGGAGGGGGUUUUCUGCAUAUAGUUAUAUCAUCAAUACUUAAAGUAUGGCUUCUAUGUUUGUGAAGCCUUGCUCUACUACAUUUCCCUUUUUGGGUUACAGAUACAAGUAUCUACCUCUUGAGCUAAUAAAAUUGGGGGUAAUGUAACAUUUAUGAUGUCCAAUUGUCUAUAUUUUCUUUUAUACCCAGUAUCAGCUUAUUAUCGGCAUUAGGCAGACUAGAAAACACACAUAGAAAUCCCCAAGUCAGGACACCCUCCUCCUCUAAAUAACACUCUCUUAAAAAUGUUGCCACUGAAAAGGAAGAAUAUUCUUUCUUAUACUGAAACGGCUGUCCGCUUUUUCCAUGGAUCAAUAAGCAUAUUGAUUGUACAAAAUGCCACAUAACAUUGAGUACUUUCUUUCAACAUCCACCUUUUCUCAGUGUCUACAAGAAUGAGGAAGUCUCAUUCCAUUCCCAUUGAACAUGUGGAAGAGAUAUGAAACCAGCCAUUGUGGAGUGGUGGUUUUGUAUUAUUACAAUGAUGUUUAUUUGAUAAACAGUGCAUUGAAAAUAAAUUUGUAGGUUUUAAACAAAAAUAGGUGACUUUGGAAAGCAAUAAUAGAUACUCUGGAAAACAGUUUGGUUAGUUUAGCCUACAUUUUUCAAUUCAGCUUCCAUCACACAAGUCUGGUUUUUUUUUUUUUGUUUGUUUGUUUUUAGUGAAUCAACCCUUAUGUAUGUUAUGUGUAAUUGAUUUUAGAAAAGACACUAUUUAUACAAAAACAAAGGAUUUGCAGUAUGCAUCCUCUAUCUUUUUGAAGUACCCUUAAUUCAUUACUUGUUUAAGCGUGUAUAUUCAUUCAAAGUAGUUAUAACUCCUUUUAUUUUAUAAACAAUUUAUUAUACACUUUCAGUUAAUUGAUGGCUAUGCACUACGGUCAUAUCAGUAGCAGGCAUUUAUCCACUUCUUCUCAAUCUGAUUGUUAUGUAUUUUAGUUUUUUGUUUGAUAUCACAGAUGUAUUGACCAGACUGUCUAAUAAUUUUAGGCCUAUCUCAGCUGCCCACUCAUUCUCCAGAUAUACAAAUUCCAACUCUAGAAUAAUGCAUGCAGGAUUAUAGAGAUACUUCUGGGUCAUUCUUCAGCACUCCAAAGAAUAAGUGGAAUCAGCUUCUACGAGUCCAGUAUGAAAUUAGCAGACUCAUCACCUUCUACCGUAUAUUAAAUAUGAUCACCGGCCAUGGGGUAAAUGAAUAUAAUACAUAGAAUGUCCCAAGGAUUUCAUAAAUAUAUUUUCUUGGUGAACUGUGGGAUCUUUGGGUGCUUUGAAAUCAUAUUUAUUUCCUCUGCUAAAAAAAUCUAAUGCUUUAAAAGAUUACGUUUGUAUUGCGCUUUUCUUAAACAUGCUUCUGAUACUUUGCUCAAAAGCCAGUUGAAGAUCAUGGUGCAAACUAAUAGAUCUUAUAGGUUUUGUCACACAACAUGAAAUUUAUAGACACUCUCUAUAAUUCGAUUAGAUUAUUGUAGUAACAGUUUUCCAAAAUCGUUGUAGUUAUAAAAGCUCUUUCACAUCCUGUGAGGACUGUGAUUUGACUGAGAAAUCUCAAUCACUUCCUGUUCCCUGGAAAACCUGGGGAUUUCCAGUAAAUGUUAUACCUUUUUUAAUAUUCUAUUUCUUUGUUAUUUUCAGUUUAGUUUUGGUCAAAUAUGCAUGGAUUAUUAUUAUUAGCUUUUAUAUAGUUCCAACAUAAUCUGAAGCACUUUACAAUAAUCCAUUGGUGAUAACAAUAUUGACAUACAAAGCAAUGCUGACAGAAACAAGAGGCGUUAAGGGUCCUGCUUGAACAAGGUCACAAUCUGAGAUAAUGUGGAUGUUUCAUUUUUGCUUUAUCUUGGCAACAGGAGAGGAUAUGCUCAUGUAUUUUCGAACUUUGCAAAGUACUUAGCAUGUGGUCUGCCUUAAGCAUGAAUCCUCACUCCAUUUACAACAACCAUGAUUAACUCCACAUAUUUGUGUCUGUUGCGUCCAGUACGGUGUUUCCAACAUUUAUUUCCCUGACCAUUUACUUUCCCACUCUCAAAUAAAUGUUGGUUUUAUUUUACCAUUUUUAAAUGCCAAGAAAAUUUCGAAUCACUCUCUCAUUCCUGCAAUAUGAAUUUACUCGUUGCCAACCAAACAUUACCCAACACUAGCAGUAUUAAGAUAUUUAAAGAACUACCAUGUUGCGUUACAUUGUAGCAUAGCUUUCAUAGAACAGAACGUGCUGUGAAAAUGGUUUGACAAGCAGUCAAGGUUGUGAUUGACGUCACUAAUGAAUUCCUUUUUACAUAAAGAUCUUUCUCCUACUCGGCAUUUAAAACAGGCUUAAAAUUCCCUAUUGCGACUCAUUUGUAUUCUGUUCCCCUCUCCCUUCCACCUUCUCCAGGACCAUUAAUGUCCUUAUUGACCAUGAAUAUCUGGGAAAUGUUUAUUGAAAUGAGGCAUUUGAAGCAUGCAGGGAGCUAAAGUGAGCCAACCUUGACUUCUUGCUACAUAUUCUCUUUCUUAAAACUCACCUCACCUCUCUCCAGUUUAUAUGAAGGUAGGUGUGUUUUUAUUUCUUCUCAACAUCUAACCGUCCCAUCUUUUCCCCAGGUAUGUUCUUACCUCACAUUUGGUAUUUGCCUUUUUUGCUUUUCUUCCUUGUUUUUUCUUUUUUCUUUUUUUCAUCCCUUUCUGAUUCUGUCCCAUUCCUUAAACUUACCCUAUGCACCAUCUGCCCUUUGCCACUGUUUGCAACAAUCCCUUCUCGUUAUCUGCAACACCAUGCUUCUCUAUCCGUCUGUUUUUUAAUAUUAUAUUGAAUAAAUGUUGUACACAGUGUGCCUAGGUUUAGCUUUUUUUGGCAGUGUUAGGCCAUUGUCUUUAUAAAUAUUUACAUUAAGGGUUGUUCUCAACUUUAUUUUCAGGCAUAAUAUAUCCUUGCGAAAGAAGCCAAAGAAAACAUCCAGAAUGUCAGGCACACAUAGAGAGAGCCGGCAUCGUCGGCAGAAUUACCAGUAUCCAGUUGCAAACCAAAGUGAUCACAAUCGUCAUGAAUAUAUGGAGGAAGGAGACGGAGAGGCUCUACUACAGGACUCUGAUGUGACUGCACCCAGAAGGAUUGCCAAUUACAAGGAUGAAUUGGGGAAUAUUUUGCUCUUAUUUUUCCUUUAUGUUUUACAGGGAAUCCCAUUAGGACUAGCAGGGAGCAUUCCUUUAAUCCUACAGAGCAAGAAUGUUAGUUACACCAAUCAAGCAAUUUUCAGUUUUGUGUUUUGGCCGUUCAGUCUUAAGUUGCUCUGGGCCCCACUUGUUGACUCUUUAUAUAUUAAGAGGUUUGGUCGCAGGAAAUCAUGGCUGGUUCCAACACAGUACGUUUUGGGACUUUUUAUGAUGUAUCUGUCUCGUGUAGUGGAUGAUCUGUUAGGUGGAGAUCAUGGGCCUGACAUGUUCGCUUUGACUGCUACUUUCUUCUUGUUUGAAUUCUUGGCUGCAACUCAGGAUAUUGCCGUGGAUGGCUGGGCACUAACCAUGCUUUCAAAACAUAAUGUGGGUUAUGCUUCAACAUGCAACUCAGUGGGACAAACUGCUGGAUAUUUCAUGGGCAAUGUACUUUUCCUCGCCCUCGAAUCACCAAAUUUCUGCAACAAAUAUUUGAGAUUUACUCCGCAGCCCAAAGGAUUGGUUACACUUCCAGGUAAUUAGUAAUUACACUCUGAUGGUGCAGGAGAUCAGACGUAAGGAUUUCCGCUUGUAAAAAUAGAUAUGGAGAUUGCGAUAUAUAAAAAAAAGUGGAGAGGAAGUGGAAGUGAUGGGAUGAGUAGGAUAGUAUGAAUAGUGGAAUAGUUAAGAGAUCCAGUAACAUGAGCAGGGGAGCAAUUACACUGCUGAACUGACAUGUGGACUCUCCAUGCAAAAGUACCACUAUGUUUACAAACACACUGGCACUCUGCUCCAAUACUUCCCCGCAUUCAUGCACAUACAUUGACACUUUACAUUAACAUUCCUGCAUUCACAGUCAUUGGCCCAAAAAGGGAAUAAUCCCACUGUAUUCACACACUGUCAUUUAAUGCCAGACGCAACAUAACUGAAAACCAAAUGUGCUUUACGUGCCUUUGUUGUGGUGGUGGGUAUAUUUUAGCACGUUAGUAACUGUAGACCUUAACAUCUGAACUCCGCUGUUAUACUGUUUCUGUUAAUAAGCUGCUAAAUCAUCAGACACUUAUGUAAAAUUAUUUGGGUACUUUAACUACCCAUGAGUCCAAACCUGCUAAGCUCUCAUGAAUGCGAACUUGUUGCAAAAAGUGUCGACGUGCCGUAUUAUUUGGAAACUAAAACUAUUUUAAAAUGUGAGUGGGAAUUCAAGGAAAGUAACAACUUGAGUUCCAACUUUGGUCAUCAACACUCUUUGGUUUUAUUUCAGGGUGUAUUGCUGUGGUGUACGCUUCAUUAUUAGCAGUCAGCACAAAAGAGAGGGCAGCUACAGUUUUUAAAAUAGGUGACUCUUACUUUUCAUAAGAGUAAAAUAAAGUGUCUGUGGCGAAUAGUGACGUUGCUAUGUGCAGCUGGUUAGAAUGGUAUUAACCUAAUUGUUGAAGACAAAAAUAAUGUCUGUAAAUUUUAGACCGUUUAUAAUGUACACUAGCGUUGGGCAACAGCAGCUGUGAUUUGCAAUAUAAUGUUAAAUAAAGUAACAUAACUUGAUUUUCUAGGUCACAGUUAGUUAUGCUCCACACUCUCAUUAUUCAUAGGUCACAUAUUACAGCCAGUCAGUUUAACUAACUCUGUAUUUCAGGCAACCAUCCACUGAAGAUAUUUGUAAAACCAUUAAAAACUUCUCAAUUCACAUAGUUUGUUACGCACUUUAAAUUCACAUGCAAUAAUGGCUGAUUUUUGUGUGUUGUAAUAUCUAUUUAUUUGACAUAUCUGCCAUUGCAUUGUUGCUAUGUGAUUCUAUGAUGUCGCUUCUCAGAUUUCCUGUUCUUCUGGGCAAUAGUAUUUCUUAUAACCACAACACUAGUGGCAGUGCUGAAAAAAGAAAAUCAGAACGAAAGAGCAGCAAGAGAGGAAACUCAGAGUGUAAAAGAAGCCUACGGUCUCCUAAUAAGCAUAGUGAAAAUGCCGGCUGUUCUCAAAUUCUGCGCUAUGAUCUUAACAGCCAAAGUGAGUGAACUGUGCUAUAUAUAUACAGGUACUGAUCUAUUUGUUUUGUAGUUGUGCAGUUGCCAUGAUACUAUAGAUACAUUGGCAUUUAUGCCGUUUUAUAAAUGAGAACCAUUCCCCAUAUUUGCUUUGUUUAGAAUCCAUAUUAAUUGUAUUGUGUGGUUAACUGUGCUGGAAGCUAAUGUAUUUUGUGUGGCUUCUACAAAUUCAUAGUUGGUAUGUGUUCUUUUCUCGCUAAGUGAUAUUGGUUUAGGAACAGGAAUACCGUAGCCUCCUUGUUUCCUUGCGAGCUCACUGCCUUGUUAUUAUCUUUGACUGACCUCACUAUUGCACCAUGUAUCAGCUAUCUCUAAGUACUGCCAUUUUCAUUUAAAGCAGAAAUGACACUUCCAAUGAAUUUUCCUAUUUUGCUUAUUUAACCCCUAUAUUUAACAAAUAUGCAUUUAUGAGUUGUGAAAAAAUUAAAUGUAUAUGAAAUUCACACCUUUUUUCAAACAUCAACUGGGCACCUCUGGCUCCCUGUCAAUCAUUGUUAAAUACUUUGCCUUUACACAUAGUAGUCACAGUAGCUCUGGACUUUAACAGGGUUAUUCACUAAACUCAGAAUUUUUGCUAGUAAAAAACAUGCAAGCUGGCCUGGAAACCAUUCUCCAGCUUAGUUAUAGCUUCAUUUUUCUAUUUAAAUUUAAUUUCUGAAAAUUCAAAGUUUAGUGAAUAAUUCUGAGUGCUUCACAUUCUGCCCCGCCCCCAUGAUUGUGAUUUUGUGUGGCCUGGAGUGAGAGUGCUUGACCUACACCUCUGGCAGGGACAGCCGGAGUCCCUUAACAUUCAUCUCUUCAAGCUAACAUGUUGUCUGCCUAGAUAGGUUUCAUUCCUUAAAGUGCCCCCAUCCUCAGGGUCCCCCUCCCACCGGGCUCUAGGGUGAGGAAGGGGUUAAACUUACCUCUUUCUCCAGCGCUGGGCGGGGAGAUCUCCUCCUCGGCUGAAUACGCAUGCGCGGCCAGCCAGUCCAUAGGAAAGCAUUCUCAAUGCUUUCCCAUGGACGCUGGCCUAUUCUCACUGUGAAAAUCACAGUGAGAAGCACAAGCGCCUCUAGCGGCUGUCAAUGAGACAGCCACUAGAGGCUGGAUUAACCCUAUUAUAAACAUAUCAGUUUCUCUGAAACUGCUAUGUUUAUAGAAAAAAGGCUUAACCCUAGCUGGACCAGGCACCCAGACCACUUCAUUAAGCUGAAGUGGUCUGGGUGCCUAUAGUGGUCCUUUAAAUUUGUCUCUUCUUUCUAUCAUAACAUAAUUAGUGGCUCUACAGCCCUUUUCACUCUCCCAUUCAAUUCAAAUGCUUUCCUGCACUCUUACACCUGACUCUCAUUGCCAUGUUAUUACUCUUCUGACUUUAUACCUCAUCUCCUCUAGAUGGUAAGCUUAAGCAGGUUUCUCUCAAACUUCUUGCUUCCUGUUAACAAUUGGAAUUGACAUUUGUCCUAAGGUGAUAGGGCUUAGUGAGUUAUCUGUGGUUAGACAUAACCUUUAAAUACUGCUGUAUUAUAUCUUUGAUAGGUUAUUUUCACUUUAUUUUUCAUUCUCACUUAUUUACCUCCUCUAUCCUUUCGAUUUCUAUACCGGAGUGUUUACCCUGUGGGGUCUAGUACAUGACACCAUUUACUAUACAUUGCUACAUGUAUCCUAAUUACCACUCUGUCAUGAGUGAGUUUGCUACAUUGUGUAGAUAUUGAUACAUGUGAGCUUAGCUAUAUCUCUGCAGAUACCAGGCCCUCUGUAUCCAUUUAUUUUAUAACCUUGUUUGUUCUCUAGUUUUCCAAUUAAAGUUGUUUAUAAUUUUUUUGAGACGUCAUUUUGGGGUGGCUUGAAGGUGAUCAGCCCGUUUUCUUUACGGGGUGAUCAUAUCCUUCAUCUUUUUUCUCUUUUGCGCUUUAUGCCGGGUUAUGCCCAUUUUGCCACCCCAAUAACCCUCUUUUUGCUGGUACUCCCCAUUAGGUUGUUAACCUGGGAAGUACUUUUCUCUAUAACAAUUGGAAUAGUUUGUGAAUAAAUAGUUUAUUUGCUGUAUUUUAAAGUUCUGUGGAAUGUAUUGGUGUAUGGUGGUCAUAAACCAUAAGGGGUUAAAAACAAAAAGGGCAAAGGAUAUUACAUAAUGUGGAAAUGUAAACUUGCUUAAAGGGUUUCUCUAACCACCGUGAUCACUUCUGCUUUUAGAAGUGGUCAUGGUGAUCUGAGUCUGUAUGUGCCCUUUUGUACCAGGGGCUAUUUGCACCCCUGGCACGUGUGACUUAGGCGGCCCUGAACCCUGUUCACGGCUGUCUGCUGUCCAUUCUGUGCAAAAAAAAUACAUCUGUCUUUAGCGCGCACAGCACUCUGGCAACAGGUAUGUGUUUCUUCCUUGCAACGCUGCCUGCCAGGGGAAACCUUGAUGCUCCCUCGCUGCAAAUUGUUGUGGAAAACCGCACGGAGAGCUUUGUCUGAUGCUGGAGUCCAGGUAAGUUUAUAGAAGUUUGCGGAGGGGGGAGGAGAUCGGUAAUAAUGCCUAGUAGGAUAUUGCAUACUUAAAAAUAUUUUAUACAAAGGCUUACAGUAUAUAAGGUGUAUAUAUUAAAUUUCACAUCUGCUAUACAUAUUACUUUUUCCUUUAGCAUAGAAUAAAUCCCAGGCAAAAAUAUAAGAUAUGUAAGAAAAGGGAUGUUAUUCAUUGCUGCAUAAUGCUUACAGGUUUCAAGACGCUCCUGUUUCAUAAGAUUUGUUUGCACUUGUUCUCUAAUCCCAAGUGGGUGUUUAGAUAGCAAACAGAACGCUUGGCAAGUACUCUAGUUUGAAGCAUUAUUUGAUCUAGAAGAAGUGGAAGUACAUUCAGUUGUUCAGCAAGCGAAUGUAAAUGAAGGUUUUUCAUUCCAUGACUAUCAAAUCAGAAAAUCAAAAGUGUGGAUAGGGUUCAGAUAUUUCCAAUUCAUUCAGUCUAUAUUUAAAGGGGUAUGUACAUUGAGCUUUUUAAAAUAUCAGUUUAUUAGAUAAAUUGUGAUGACACUUAUUUUAAUUUCAUUUCAAGAGCUCUGCCUCUAUUGUGUAUAUCAGUGGUAGUCAACCUUUUUCUACCUACCGCCCAAUAAUGCAUCUUUCUUGAUGGAAAAAUUUCCUUACCGCCCACCAGUUUUCGCGCAAGUGCAGAAUAUUUUUUAGAAAGGAGGGUGUUUUAAAAAAUAAAUGUACGUACAUUUAUCUUAUUUCUACAUAAUGCAUGUUUAUAAUAUUUUUAACUUUAUAAAUUUUAAUUGGAAAAAAAUAAAGUAAAUUGAAAUUACCUUUACUAGUGAUUAAUGAGAUCCUUGAGGCUGAUACUGCAAGACUAAAUAUUUGAUAUGUGGUUCGAUUUUCGUAAGGAACAAACGAAGGUCUCCUCUUUCGGUGAUAUUCAGACGACUUCUCUGUUUGCGCAUAAUAUGAUUUGUCAUCUGUGCGUCAGAUCAUCUCAUCUCCCUCCUCAAUUCCCCUCCCCACUUUUUUUUUUUUUAAAUCCCUUUUUUUCUAUUUUUUUUAACCUUCCUUAUAGCAAUGCCCAGUAGGAAGGCUUAGAUCGGUAGCCCACUUACUAUAGCCCACUAUAACAGACAGGCACACACACAUAAAAAGACACAUACAUACAAAAAGACAGGCACACAUACAUACAGGUACACAGACCAACACAAGACACAUACAAAGACGACAUACAUACAGAUACACACAAGACAUGCAUACAUAGACACACACAAGACAUACAUACAAAGACACAUACAAACAAACACACACAAUAUAUUUUUGUCACCCUCCUGUUUCCUACCUUUUUAGGUGCAGGAGGGUGACUUUCCCUGGGGUCCAGUGGUGGCUCAGGUGCAUGGGAGUCAGAGUUCCCACUCUGACUCCCUGGUCUUCCUCCCGCGCGGCUCUCAGUUUUAGCUGGGAGGAGUGACGUGCAGUCACUUCCUCCCAGCGUGUGAUGUAAUAAUAGGGGGCCCGGUCGCGCUGUUAAAGCGCCCAGCGCUGACCGGGCCCCCUCUCAAUCCACAUCCAUCGGGUGGCCCUGACAGCAUGGGCCACCCGAUGGACCCCUAGGUCGGCCCCGGCGGUUUGCCACGCGGGCCGGGGCCGAAAAUGGUGACGGCGGUACCCGGUCGCACGGGUACCGCCGGCUCGCGCCCUCCCUCCCGCCUACCCAAUCUCUGAAAUCCCUACCGCCCACCUGGAAUCCUGAAACGCCUACUAGUGGGCGGUAGGGACCAGGUUGACGACCCAUGGUGUAUAUAAUGGUGAAAAAUUAGGAAAUACAAUUACAUAUCGUGUUGUUAAAGGACCACAUACUUGUUUUCCUGGCUCUAUAGGGUCCUUGGGUCCCCCUCCCGCCGGGCUCUAGGGUGAAGAAGGGGUUAAUUUCUUACCUUUUUCCAGCUCUGGGCUCCCUCGGCGCUGGGGAAUCUCCUCCUCCUUCUGCCAUCAUCGGCUGAAUGCGCAUGCGCGGCAAGAGCCGCGUGCGCAGUCAGUCCAUAGGAAAGCAUUCUCAAUGCUUUCCUAUGGAUGCUGGCGUCUUCUCACUAUGAAAAUCAGUGAGAAGCGCCUCUAGCGGCUGUCAAUGAGACAGCCACUAGAGGCUGGAUUAAAGGACCACUCUAGGCACCCAGACCACUUCAGCUUAAUGAAGUGGUCUGGGUGCCAGGUCCUUCUAGGGUUAACCCAUUUUUUUUUAUAAACAUAGCAGUUUCAGAGAAACUGCUAUGUUUAUGAAUGGGUUAAGCCUUCCCCCAAAGCCUCUAGUGGCUGUUUCAUUGACAGCCGCUAGAAGCGCUUGUGUGCUUCUCACUGUGAAAAUCAGUGAGAGCACGCAAGCGCCCAUAGGAAAGCAUUGUAAAUGCUUUCCUAUGCGACUGGCUGAAUGCGUGCGCAGCUCUUGCUGCGCGUGCGCAUUCAGCCGACUGGGCGGAGAGGAGGAGGAGGAUCGGAGGAGGAGAGCUCCCCGCCCAGCGCUGGAAAAAAGUAAGUUUAACCUCCUUUCCCCUUUCCAGAGCCAGGCGGGAGGGGGACCCUGAGGGUGGGGGCACCCUCAGGGCACUAUAGUGCCAGGAAAACAAGUAUGUUUUCCUGGCACUAUAGUGGUCCUUUAACCCUAAUGUAAACAUAGUAAUUUCUCUGAAACUGCUAUGUUUACAGCUGCAGGGUUAAUCCUAGGUGGACCUGGCACCCAGACCACUUCAUUAAGCUGAAGUGGUCUGGGUGCCUAUAGUGGUCCUUUAAUGGCAUGUCACAGGAUCAUUAAUGGACGGCUAAGGUGACGUUAUUCACUUAAGUGAGAAUUCCCACUGAAUUUUAUGUAUAAGGCCAGAGAGUAUCCAAACUGAAAGCUUAGCUGGCAAAGAUAUUUUUUUCUAGUUUGGCUAUAUUGCCCUUAUUUUGAAAUUCACUUUGAAUUCUCAUGUUCGUAUAUAAUCCUGCACAUACAGCAUGUUGAUUAACAAGUGCUCCCAUCUGCAGAAUAGCAUUCUACCAAUUUUCCCAGUGUUGAUGAGAAUUGGUAAACUAGAGUACCAAACGUAAAUACUAAAAGUGUGAUAUAUAUUUUUUUUAACCAUUUAUUUGUAAGUAGUGAAAGACUAGAGUAACUAUAGCCAGAAUACCAAAGUCUUAUCUAAGUCACCAUUUGUGUGGCCUAUCAAAAUGCCUUAACAUUAUACAAUGAUCUUGUGUUCCCCUUAUUGCAGUUUUUGUAUCACAAUACAAAUGUAUAUAAUCUCCUUAACAUUUCUCCCAUUCCUCUUUCAAUGUGCCUUUCAUAGAUCGGAUUCUCUGCGGCAGACGCUGUUACUGGACUCAAGCUUGUAGAGAGGGGUGUCCCAAAGGAACACUUGGCACUACUUGCUGUUCCAAUGGUUCCUCUACAAAUACUACUGCCUCUGAUAAUCAGCAAAUAUACUGCAGGGCCCAAGCCACUGAAUGUCUCCCACAAAGCGAUGCCCUUUAGGUUUGUAUCAAUGCACAUUGUACAAAUGAGAAAUAAAAUGUGGUAAUACUGUACAUAGACUAGAUGGAUAUACACACUUAAUAAAUAUUUCUACCAGAAGAUGUUUAAAUUGCAAAGUAGAUGAUGGUGGGGAGUGUGCCUCACAUCUACUGAUGGUGUACAUGACACGUGCUGCUCACGGAAGUUGGAAAAUAAAUCAAAAACAGACUGCAAGAGAACACUGACAAUGGACAAAAACCUCAACUAGCAUGUCCACUUUGUUUAAUUUCUGGUCUGGUCUCAAGCUAGUUUUUGUUUACAGACAGAACCCAUGCAAUUUGCAUAUCAGACUGAUCUCACCCCAAGGGGCUGCCCAGAGCCAAAGUGCUAGCAACAUCUCUUGAUAUGAGGAUAAACCACAGAUUACUAUUUCAGCAUUGCUAGGCCUCAACAGUGAAGUUUGCUUAAUAACCCCUAGGAACAGUAUGGACAAUAUAUUUGAGUUGGUUUCCAUUCUCAGUAUUUUCUUUGGUAUAAUAAAUGAUGUAUACAUUCUUUAAUCAAAGCUACUAACAACAAUGAGGAUAGACCCGUUAAUGAUCAAUAUGGUGGAUGUCAUUAUAUAAUGGGAAGUUUUCCCAAGUGCCUACAAAUACAACUUGUAGGUUAAUGAUGCUGCUGGAGAUGGAACUAAACACCUGGUAUGUAGCCUAAAUAUCUCUGUAUGUGCUGUGUUUCAUACUGACAAUGCACAUACAAGAUCCUUGCACCACGACCAAUGCAAAACGCUGAAUGCUCAUGGUACCCGAGAUAAUCCUUUGUAUAAAAUAAACAAGUCUAGGAAUAUAAUCUAAUCUAUAGUCAUAACAUCAACAUUUAUUGUUUCUGUAAUAGAUUUUAUAUUAUGCCAUUUCCUUCUCUUUAUGUUUUCACUGUUACUGGAAUGUUUGUACUUUUGCGCAAACCAUCUCUUUGACUAAGUAAUUCUUUCAACUGUAUCACUUCAUGCGCGCGCACACAAAAAUUGAAUCUAUUAGUUUGCAAGCAAUUUACCUAACUCCGUAUAGAGAUAAAAUGCUAAUCCCUACAGGCGUGUGUUUUUUUUUUUUGUUUGUUUUUUUUUUUUACUAUAGUAAAUUGCUUCUGUGUAUUUCAUCAGCCAGAUGUGUUUUUUGUUUUUCCCACUUUCUGCUCUAUUAUUUUCCACUUUUCUGUGUGACGUUCUAGAUCUAGAACAAUAUUGGUAACAAGUGCUGAUUAGUGCACAAAAUCGCUAUUUGCACUAUUUUGAACAGUAUUCGAUCACACAACACAUUAUUACAAUAGAAGAACCCUGGCCAAUUAAAGAUCAGAAUAGUUUUCUGUAAUAAAUUCACUUCUAAUAGCUGAAUGAGGUUUACAACUACAUUCUGUUAUCUUCCUAGGUUGUUGAUGGGUCUGGAGUUCUCAUUUCUGGUUUGGUGGACAUCUAGAGUAAACCACGAGGAUGGUUUCCCUCUGUAUUAUUACUUUGCUCUGUUAGUGAGCUAUGCCUUACACCAGGUAAGUAGGUACAUUAUAUUUUUGCUGUUUAGUGAAUAGAUUUAUUAAAUGCAUGCAUUUUGAUAUGAUCCUGUAAUUAUCUCUUGAGUAUUGUCCCCAAGCAUAGUGUGACGUAUGUGUAAUGGCAGCUCUUAUGUUCCUGCUACAAAGUGCUAUCUAGUUAAAAGCCCACUUUGGACACCAUAACUACAGCUUAUUGCAAAGGUUGUUGUGCAAGGGAUAUGUGUUUGGUUGUGGAAUUUCAUAACAACUAUGGAAUAUAUCGUGUCAGACAUCUUUUGACAAUCGACUAUGCUUUUAUUCCAUCUUAAAUUGAUUCUAUAUUUUGGGCCGCAUCUGAUGCACUUUACUAAGAAGUAAAUGUUUGAAAAAAUUAAAAUCUACUCGUUAAGAGAAUAUACAAAUUUUGCACUGUGUGAGUUACACAAUGUGUUCUAAUGUAUGUCAAGCUAGCCAUGCAGAAACAUUGUAUUCUUAUGCAAGCUUGAAAUAAGCUUUGACCAUUGUAAAAGCUAAAAUGUGUAAUCAUCGUGAGAGUAGAACCAUUAUAAAUAAUUUUCACAAAGUAUAAUUAUGAUUAUCACAAUGGGUUGACCCCAAAGAGAAUAUUUUUGGAGAACUGUAGCAUUCUGUUGGACCUUGGACCCUAAGCAAAUCCAUUGUUAAAUACCGUGACAAGUACCUAAGUAACUAAAGUGAUGGAAACUCAAUAUCCGGCAUAUUAGAGACCAAAGUUUAACUCAGAACAUGUCUUUUCAUUUAUUUCAGUUAAAAAUAGAGCAAUAGAGAGUUGAAUGUUAAAAGUAUAAAAACAUUUAUUUGGAAAAUUGUUUGACAACAAAAGUUUUUGUUAUGCAAAAAUCUGAAUUGCGUAUUGAUGUGUCAUGUUAGUCAUCAGAAUGUAUGUUGAAAAAGCUAUUGUGGUACCAAUAUGUUAUCACAAUGAAAAUUGACUAUAAGGUUCAAUAUGUUCAUCAGUGAUAUACAUAAGGACUGGAUACAUUGAUAUAUAUACUCUUUUUAUGUAUAAAAUAUGACCUUUUCGUUUUCAGUGUAAAAGAUUUAUUUUUGUUUAUUAUAAAAAUAUAUUUGAAAAGUAUGUUAAAAUUAUGUUUCUUCUUAUUGCCUUUCAGAUUACUUUAUAUAGUAUGUUUGUGGCUAUCAUGGCUUUCAAUGCCAAAGUUAGUGAUCCUCUUAUUGGAGGCACAUAUAUGACACUCUUAAACACCGUGUCCAAUCUGGGAUCAAACUGGCCUGCCACUGUGGCCCUUUGGUGUGUGGAUCAUUUGACAAGCAAAGCAUGUAUUGGAGCAGAAGGGCAGAGCUGUGGCGAUAAUGAUGCUGCAGAGGUGAGAUGUCUAUCAUGUCUUCUUAGUUUGUUUUCUUCUCAUUUUAGUAAAUCAAACAAAACUGUUGACAUUUAGCAGGAUAUUUUUUAUUAUUCGUUUAAUUUUCUUUAAAAAAAAUCCUGCAAAAAAGGACAUUUUAAUUUUAUGUAUAAAUAAUGUUGGUGUUACGUUUUUAAACAAUGGGUAUUGAUUGUGUGUUUUUUUUUAUUAUUAUUUUUUUUAAUAUACCGGUACACUGGGCAGAUCAUGUACAUAGUGUAAUCCUUGCACAUGGUACUGCUGGGAAAGCACAGGGCAUAAAUGCCUCCUUUAUGGAAUUUUAUCCCCAUAUAUUCAUGAGCCCCAUAAAAAGGCCUCAUGGGAUAACUUAGUACAGCAGAUCAUCUAUUUAUAUGCCUCUAUUGCUUUAUUCAUCCCAGUAAACACUGUAGUAGUGGUUACAGAGACAGAGCUGAGGGAAUGAUUAACUGUCACUUUUCUGGCUUUGAGUUUUACUUUAAGCACAUGAGCAAGCCCUACGAAAUAACACUUCGGACGAGAGCUAAAGAAAGUUCUUAACUAGGAGCUUCUGGUUCUCUGUCAGUAAUAAUGGAGGCAGGAAGCUGUGCCUGGUGGACCCCAUAAUAACGACCACUACACACCCCAAGCAAGCUUGAAGUGCUUUAUGGGUAAGGCGUAUCCUAUUUCAAACCCAGUUUAUAAAAUUGCAGAUCUCCAUGAGAAAUGUGUAUCUUUUAUAAACAGCCUCAUUCUGUUGGCAAACCUGAGCUAACGGAAGUGUCAGUCAAACUGUACUUGAUCGCGCCUGCCUCCUCCCACACCAACCUCAGCCAGCAGUACAUUUCAUUUGCUAUGUCUUGCCCAGAUCUCUGCUAUUUCAUUGAGUAUGUUUUUAGUCUAAAAGCCAAAAAAAAGUGGAAAUGCGGCAGAGUUUAAUUAUUUGCUUAGUGAAGUGAUAAUUAAAAGACCUUGUAAGCACAAUAUUUUAGCCAUGCUUUUAUUUACAUUGGCUGUAUUGUUGAAUUUUAGAGUAAAUGUUAGUUUUUUGGUUUUUUUUGUUUGUUUGUUUUUUUUCAUACUAUGUUUUGGAAACUUGAGAGAAUUAUCUUUCUAAACUGCUAUUGUGUUAUUUUAAAUAGAAAACAAAAUUACGGCACCGCAGUAGUUAUUCACUAAAGUGAGAAUUCAAAGUGAAGUUCAAAUUUAAGGCAAGAGCAGCUGAUCUGGAAGCAUAUCUGACUUAGAAAAUGUUUCCAGUUUGGCUAUUUUGGCAUUAAAUUUGAAAUCCAAUUUGAAUUUACUUUAGUAGGGCAGGUUACUUAAAGGACCACUAUAGUGCCAGGAAAACAUACUCGUUUUCCUAGCACUAUAGUGCCCUGAGGGUGCCCCCACCCUCAGGGACCCCCUCCCGCCCGGCUCUGGAAGGGGGAAAUGGGUUAAAACUUACCUUUUUCCAGCGCUGGACGGAGAGCUCUCUGCCUCCUCUCCUCCUCCGUUCCGCCCCGCCGGCUGAAUGCGCACGCGCGGCAAGAGCUGCGCGCGCAUUCAGCCGGUCUCAUAGGAAAGCAUUUACAAUGCUUUCCUAUGGACGCUGGCGUGCUCUCACUGUGAAAAAUCACAGUGAGAAGCACGCAAGCGCCUCUAGUGGCUGUCAAUGAGACAGCCACUAGAGGAUUAGGGGGAAGGCUUAACCCAUUCAUAAACAUAGCAGUUUCUCUGAAACUGCUAUGUUUAUUAAAAAAUGGGUUAACCCUAGCUGGACCAGGCACCCAGACCACUUCAUUAAGCUGAAGUGGUUUGUGUGCCUAGAGUGGUCCUUUAACCAAGGAAGACUGUAGAGAAAAACUGUAAAGGGUUAAAGAAGCAUUUCCAGUCCCAUAACAAUUUUAGUUAAUUGAAAUUAUAAUGAGGGCAGGAGUAUCUGUGUGCUGUCUUACCUGGAGGGGUUAAGUUGUUCAGCAGUGGUUUAACCUUUAAGUUGGUCCUCUGGCACCUGACACAGCUACACCCACAUCCUUCCUCUCUGCCGUUACAAUAUGAAGGUUUGGCCAGGAGGCUGGUGAUGGGCUGAGAGCUUAGCAGAGGGACAUCUGUGUCUAGUUAUGGAAGACCAACAUAGGGAGUUAAACCAAUGCAGUGCUAACUUUAUCCAGUACUUGCAGCAGCAGGUAUAGCAAACACAAAUUAAACGGUGAGUAGCAGUUUUCUCCCCAUAGUUUAUAAAUUAUAGCUGACCUGAUGCUACUGCAUUGUAGUUAAAAUACUCCUAAUUUGUAUCUUCCCCUCUGUGCUUUGAGCUAGUUAUAUUAAAUCUGUAAUUUCAUAUUCUUUACUUUAAUCAUAUACUGUCAUUUGUUUUUUGCAGCUGUGUCUAAAAUCUGGGGGCUCAUGUGUCAUUACAUUGGACGGUUAUCAUGUGGAGUCUGCUAUAUGCUUUAUCAUUGGAUUUGCUUGGUGGAUUUUUCUUGGCCCAAAAUUUAAAAAACUGCAGGAAGAAGAUCCUUCUGCAUGGAGGUGUCCACGAAGGAUUCGUUUAUAGAAUUGCAUUUAAUGACAAAUUCUGUCAUUACUUUUUAUGGACAACUAUAAACACAAAGUAAACACGAUUAUUUUUGCAGAAAAGGAGUAGUAUGAAAAGUGACUAUUCUGCAAAAUGUGGGA